GUUUUUGAAGGAAAGUACGUAGGUUUAAAAGCACACAAUGCACGAUUAAUGCAAAAGUGAAUUUUUUUCGGGAAAAGAAGUGAAAUAAAACGAGAAAAAUAGAGAAAAUUCACGUGAAAAUGAUGCAAUAAAAAGAAUGUACAAAAAGUGUGUUAAAUGAGUGUUGAGCCCACAAAAAAGAUCAAAAAAGAGUAAAAAUAUUGAAAAAAGCUCAAAAACAGUGCCAUUUGUAAAUAAAAAAAUCAUUCAAAAAUAAUUGAAAAACAGUGAAAAAUAAAAAAAAGUGGACAAAAAAUGUCUACGCAAAAAUAUUACAAAAACCGGCUAGGUUUUGAUCCGCGUGAAGAUCAAUACGAUAGCCAUCACCAUUCGCCGUCGCCGAUGAUGAAGGGCAGUCCAGCGCCGAUGAUGCGAGGCGGCUCGUACGACGACUACGGAAGCCCCAUGAAAAAGUCGCGUCAAUCGACGCCCGCCAACGAAUCGGCAUCGUCACAAGCUGGCUACGAGGAUGCCCUCACGCAAUUUAAAGAUGAACGAGAUGCCAUACAAAAGAAAACAUUCACAAAAUGGGUUAACAAACAUCUUAAAAAGGCAUCGAGGCGUGUAGAUGAUCUGUUUGAAGAUUUACGUGAUGGACACAAUCUUCUUUCUCUUUUGGAAGUAUUAUCUGGCGAGCAUCUUCCAAGAGAAAAAGGAAAAAUGCGUUUUCACAUGUUACAAAAUGCUCAAAUGGCAUUAGAUUUUCUCCGUUACAAGAAAAUCAAGCUAGUCAAUAUACGUGCGGAGGACAUCGUCGAUGGUAAUCCAAAAUUAACACUUGGUCUCAUUUGGACCAUUAUCCUGCACUUCCAGAUUUCGGAUAUUGUCGUUGGCCAAGAAGACAAUUUAACAGCACGUGAAGCACUCUUAAGAUGGGCCCGCAAAUCGACAGCACGCUAUCCGGGUGUUCGUGUAAACGACUUUACCGGAUCAUGGCGCGACGGUUUGGCGUUCAGCGCUCUCGUUCACCGUAACCGACCUGAUCUCAUCGACUGGCGAGAUGCUAGAUCACGUCGCCCACGCGAACGCUUGGAAACCGUCUUCCAUGCCGUCGAAAAGGAGUAUGGAGUUACCAGAUUGUUGGAUCCCGAAGAUGUCGACACACACGAACCAGAUGAGAAGUCGAUGAUUACCUAUCUCAGUUCGUUGUACGACGUUUUUCCGGAGCCCCCGCAAAUGCAUCCCCUCUUCGACAUGGAUUCGCAACGUCGUGUCAAGGAAUACCGGGAAUCCGCACAAGUUUUACUCUAUUGGUGCCGCGAAAAGACCGCAUUAUAUCAGGAGCGUACAUUCCCAUCGACAUUGAUCGAACUAAAACGAACAUUAAACGAGCUAAAUCGAUUCCGAUCCGAAGAAGUGCCUCUCAAGCAGCGUGAUAAGCAACAUUUGUUCAGCGUCUAUCGGGAAUUGGAGAAAUUCUUCGAAUCCGUUGGCGAAGUAGAAGUUGAACCCGAUCUACGUCCCGAAUCGUUGGAAAAAUCAUGGAAUCGUCUCAUGCAAGCAAUUGCUGAUCGCGAACAUCUCCUCUCGGGCGACGUCAACAAAAUGGAUCACAUUCAACGUCUCGCCGAAAAGUUAUCGCGCGAAAUCAAACACACCGACAUCCGUAUCAGCGAAUUGGAAGUCCGCAUUUCUGAGGAAGCGCGUCGCAUCGAUCGUCAACAUCCCGUCGAUGCCAAGAACAUCGUCGAAAGCAUCGAAUCCGAAGUGCGUCACUUGGAAGCCCCGCUGCACGACAUGGAACAAGAUUGUCGCGUGCUGAAAGACGCUCGUUACCCGCAAGCCAACGACUUGUCGAAGAAAGUGAAGAACUUGCAACAACGUUGGUCCGCAUUACGUACAACAUUCCACACUAGUUUAGUACAAAAACUAUCAGGUUUAAGUUAUCCCGUCCACGAAACCACGGUAACCAAGCAAACGCGCACCGUCGUCGAAACGCGUCAAAUCGGUGCAAAUCCCUACUUCCGCGACUUGGAAGAGUACACGGAAUGGUGCCACAAGAAACUCAAGGAAUUGCUUGCAGCUGACUAUGGAAGCGAUUUGCCCAGCGUAAAAGUUGAGUUGGAUCGUCAGCAACGCGAACACAAAGUUGUCGAUCAAUUCCAUCCGAAGGUCAUUCAUGCGGAACGACAAGCCGUUAAUUUCAGCGGAGACGAGUUGCAUUUGUACGAACAGCGAUUGAGUCAACUCAAGAAAGUUUAUGCCGAGUUGUUGGCGACGUCGUCGAAACGUUUGACGGAUUUAGAUGCCUUGCAAGACUUUUUGAAUGCCGCUACAGCUGAGCUUCAAUGGCUUAACGACAGAGAACAGAUCGAAAUUAGUCGCGAUUGGGCAGACAAGAAUUUGGAUUUGCCCGGAACUCAUCGUUAUUAUGAGAACCUCAUGUCUGAACUCGAGAAACGCGAAAUCCAUUUCGCCACAAUCCUCGAUCGCGGAGAAGCUUUACUCAUGCAAUCACACCCUGCAUCCAAGACAAUCGAAUCCCAUUUGCAAGCCUUGCAAUCUGCCUGGUCAUGGUUACUUCAACUCACUUUAUGUUUGGAAGUGCAUUUGAAACACGCCACAGAAUAUCACAACUUCUUCAACGAGUGCAAAGACGCCGAAGCAUGGUUGGCGAAACGUGACGAGAUCCUCAACACGAAAUAUUCGCAAUCCGAAUUCGGUAUCGAUCAGGGAGAAGCUCUUCUUCGCGGUAUGCAAGACAUUCGCUUGGAAUUGAACACAUUCGGCGAAACUGUGCAAGAUUUAAUCUCCCGCUCUACUACAAUUGUGCCAUUAAAACAACGCAAGCAGCCCGUGAAUCGUCAAACGCCCGUACAAACGAUCUGCAAAUACACGCAGGGCAACAUUUCGCUCGAAAAGAACGAAACUGUCACGCUCAUCGACACUUCGGGACGCGUUAAAUGGCGCAUCCGCACAAUGGCGGGACAAGAAUGCGCCGUGCCGGGCGAAUGUUUGUUAUUACCGCCUCCAGAUCAGGAAGCAAUUGACGCCGCAGAACGGUUGAAGAGACUUUUCGAUCGCACGGUUUCAUUAUGGCAGAAGAAACAAUUGCGUUUGAGACAAAAUAUGAUCUUUGCCACGAUCAAAGUCGUCAAAAGUUGGGACUUUGAACAAUUUUUGGCGAUGGGCGCUGAGCAGAGAACAUCGAUUCGACGUGCUUUGAAUGACGAUGCCGACAAAUUACUUGCCGAAGGAGAUCCAAAUGACCCGCAAUUGAGACGUUUACGCCGCGAAAUGGACGAAGUCAAUCGCUUGUUCGACGAAUUCGAGAAGAGAGCUCGUGCUGAAGAGGAAAGCAAACAAGCAAUCCGUGUCUUCACCGAGCACUGUAUCACGAUCAAGACCAGUUUAGAGGAUAUGGCACGCGAAUUGGAUCAUAUUAUCCUUUCGCCGAUGCCUCGUGACUUGGAUUCGCUCGAACACGCCGUUCAAACGCUCGAAGAUUAUCGUCGUCGUUUGGCGCUCAUCGAACCUGACUUGAAACAUUUGCAAGAACUUUUCCGUUCCAUCACAUUGAAGACGCCUGCUUUGAAGAAGAGUCUCGAUAAUUUGAUGGAAUUGUGGAAGGAGUUGAACACGCAAGCAGGACUUCAUGCGGAUCGUCUCAAACUUCUUGAAGGUGCUUUGCAAGGAUUGGAAGAUAACGAACAAGUUAUCUCGGAACUCGAGAACACGUUGAGCAAACAUUACGAAUUGCCAUCAACGGAGGAAGGACUUCACGAUUUGUUCAAACAUUUGACGCGCUUGCAGGACAUUAUCACGCAGCAACAACCGCAAAUGGAUAAAAUGAACGAUUCGGCAGACCAAUUGGGUCGCAUGGGAGUUCCCACAAAAGUACUUGGGGAUCUUAAACGUUUGCAUGCCAACGUCGAACGACUUAAUACACGAUGGAAUAACUUGUGUUUGCAAUUAGCUGACAGACUACGAAGCAUCGAAUCAGCUAUCGGUCUAAUGAAAAACAUUCAGACAAGUGUUGUAGUUGAGGAAAAUUGGGUCGAAGCCCAUACAUCGAAGUUAAAUUCACUGCCAACGGCAACUUCAGCCCUCGAAUUAGAUAGUUUAUUGGGGGCGGCUGUCGAAAGAACACCCAAAAUUGAACAGGUUAAUCUGACCGGAGGACGUUUAGUUAGAGAAGCCAAGAUUUACGAUGGAAAGUGUUUGCAUUACAACGAUUGGCUAGUCGAGCAACGUCCGAGCUUCACAGCGCCUCGUCGUGACAUCCACACUGAUGGCAUUCCCGGAGCAACAGAAGUCUGGAGUGAACGGUUAGAUAACCUGAAUACCCGUUACGAUCGCUUGCUGGAGGCAUUAUCGCAGCGCCUAAAGACCGCCGUCGAAGUUAACGGAGCCGAAGGAUUGAGCUUUGCGGAACAUAUUAAGAAACCUUUGCGAACAUAUCGUUCCGAGUUUAGUUUAGGCGUGUCUAGCAGUAAUAGUAAUAAUAACGUUACUGAGGUGCAGAAUGAACAAACGUUUACAACGUCCUACUCAACAUCGCAAUUCAGUACAACAAAAACGACAAAAUUAAUUAACGAUAACGCGGAAUAUGCCUCCGGCACUUCACCAACAGCCCCAAAUUCAGUAACUACAACACGUACGACUUACACGGAUGCGAAUCAUCCGAACGGAGCUACCACAAUGGGUAUCGGAAGUAAUGGCAGUGCCUCCGUGCAAUUUAGCGAAAUAAGAAGUUUAAAGCGAAAUGGGCAGCAAGCUGCUGCUCCGAAUGCCAACAAUGGCGACAAUAAGAUUUUAAAUGCGCCAGGCAUCGUUGACCCGCUAACAGGUCAAAUAUUAACAGUUGGUGAAGCGAUUCAAGCGCGACUUUUAGACGUAAGAACGGGCGAACUCAACAUGAAUGGCGAAAAAUUGCCGCUCGACGAGGCUGUGAAACGAAAAUUGAUCGACGAAAAGUUAGCGAAUAACUUACUCAAGCCCGGUGCGGCGAUAGAUGCGGGUACAGGAAAGCCCCUCAGUUUGCUGGAAGUGAUUCAGCGCGAACUACUGGAUGCCGAAAAUGGAUUUGACACGACAGACAAACGAAUAAAGGUAACGAAGUACAACCAGGGACAACCGAUUAGUGUUGCCGAUGCCAUUAAAAAUGGAACGUUCGAUCCGAAUACGGGUGUUUUCCGUUGCGAAACGGGCGAAACAAUUACCAUUCAGGAUGCGUACGAAUUGGGUUAUUUGAUAAAAAGUGACAAUGUGAAAAUAAAAUCGAACGCGUUGUGUCUCUCCGAUGCCAUUGCGCAUGGUCUCGUCGAUGCAAACGGCUGGAUCACCGAUCGCAAUUCCGGCGAAAGAUUCAGGUUAGAUUCGGCAAUCGCGAAAGGUCUGAUCCGGAAAGAUUUAAAAGAAAUCGUCGACACAAAGAACGAUGUCAAAAUCACGGUAUCCGAAGCUCUCGAUCGCGGCAUUUUAAAUCCGAAAACGGGACGUUACAAAAAUUUAAAUACGAAAGAAAAAUUGACCUUUAUAGAGGCGAAAAAUCGCCAACUUAUUUGUAAACCGAUGACUUUGAAAGACGUUAUCGACAUGAAUUUGUUCGACAAGACGAGUAAAUGUAAAAUUAUGUCUCCGACACGCAGAGCUCGUUUUUCCAUCAACGAAGCUCUGCGCACGGGGGUCUUAGAUGCUGACGUUAAAUGCAUCACACGCACAAAGGGCGACCUCGUGAGUCUCUCUGAAGCCAUCAACGAAGGAAUCAUCCAAACGGGCGAUUUCAAGUACAAAGACAUCACAACUGGCGAAGUGAUGUCAAUUACCGAGGCGGUAGAACGCGGUUUAAUUUCUUCCGUUUCGCAAAAAUCUAUCUUCAAUAUUGAUGGCUUCAAGGAUCCUCACUCUGGCGACUUUGUACCCUUGAAUGUUGCACUGGCGAAAAAUCUGUUACACAAAAAACCCGAUGGCACAUUUAAACUCGAUGCCGGCAAGGGAGUUCUCACGGACUUACCGAAUGGCGUCGAAUUGUCGCUCGUACGCCCGGAGGUCUUGGAGAUGCUAAAUCGCAAAAUUGGCGUCUUCCAUAAGACCGAUGGCAAAGAGUUGAGUGUUCUCGAUCUAGUCUACCAUGAGCUAAUUGACCCGAAAACGGGUUAUUUGCUCGAAGAUCCCGUCACGAAAACAAUUGUUCCUUUAGACAAAGCUAUCGAACGGAAAUUGAUUACACCAGAAGGAGCCUUAUUAUUGUCUAGCUUACUAAAUAUUACGCUUACCACGGAAACUGUAACGAAAACUGUGAAACGUUACGUUACCAUUACUCACUCAGGACAAGAAGAACAAGCUGGGCACCUUACGACAGGCAUGUCCUUUACCGAAGCUGUUCGCCUUAAUCUUAUAAAUGUUGACGCACAAACCUUUACCGACCCGAAAAACAAUCAAACUUACCCCAUACAACAAGCCCUCAUUUUGGGUCUUAUUGUACCCGAUACGGAACGUGCUAAAAGCAAAUCUCCCACGCCUGUUUCUCCCAAUCAGUUGUCCGGAUACAAUUACACUCCGGCAUCUGAUAGCAAACGAGGCACUUUUACGAUUGUGACAAAACGCUUUAUUCCCGAUUCGCCCGAUUAUGAUCCCCAUACUGAUCCUUAUCACACGUACUCUGACGUCGUCAAGGGACUUCGUCGAGGACGACAUCACGAAACGCAUUUCUCCCAAUCUGGAAGUCUCAUAACUUCCUCCGAAUACUCUGAUUCGCAAUCACGCGAGUUCAAAGACUCUGCUGGCUUUAUCAGAAAAGAGCGCGAAGAAAUCGAAGAACGUUCAAGCACUGAACGUCAACUAUUAGACGUGCCAAAAGAUGGAUGGCUCUUCAUUGAUGCCUUAAAACUCAAACUUUUAGAUCCCGAUACGGGAAUGUUCAUUAUUCAAGGCACAGAUCGUCUUGUAAGCUUCGAAGAAUGUAUCAAACUGAAAAUAAUCAAUCCCAAAUCCGUAGUUGUUGUUGACACGAAAAACAAUCGUCGUACAAGUGUUACGAGAGCUUUUGAAAAACAUCUUAUCGACAAUACAGGACGUUAUAAGACCUCUACAGGUUACCUUACGUUACGUCAAGCUCUCGAUCAAGGCAAAAUCAUGCCAGAAACACCGACGGAAGAAAGUUCCGUGACAACAACGACCGUUGAAAAGACAUUUACGAAAUUACCAUCGUCCGAAACUACAUCGCCUGAACCUGUUCAAAUCGCUCCCGGGGUUAUUUAUGAUCCCUCAACAGCUUUAGUUAUUUUCACGCAAACAGGCGUUUCGGAAAAUGUUCUUCAAGCUGCGUACGAAGGUAGAGUUGAUCCCAAUUUUGUUCAAAUUUUCGAUGCUGAACGUAAUGAAUACGUAACUAUCCAUGAGGCAGUUCGUCGUCAAAUUAUUAUCAUUCAAACUUGGGUUGUGCGAGAUCGUACAAUGACUUAUGUCACUUUAAUUCAUGCCAUUCGCAUGGGACUUGUAAGAGUUCAAGGAGCUCCCUUGGUAGCUGCUGAUGGCGCCAUUAAUGUACUCAAUUUAGUCACAGACCCGACAACAGGCAAACAAAUCCCCAUUGAAGUUGCCUAUGAACGUGGAUAUGUUACGCGCGAACAACUCAUUAGCAUCACAGGAUAUGCUUCCCCUGCCUUGUCUCGUAAAGUUUCCGAUGAACCAGAUUCAAAACUCGCUCCCCGCAUGUUAGAAUUUGAAAGUGAACCAAUUGUCUUGCAUAAAAUGAAGAAAAUUAUGAUAACGCCGCACGAAGGUUUAAGUCGCGGAUUGUUAGAUAAAAAUACUGCUGAUUUGCUUGAUAAUAACGAGCUUUAUUUGAAACCUGAUGGCACUCGUAUGACAUUGAAAGAUGCAAUUGCUUGCGGAAAACUCGAUGGAACAAAAGGUUUCAUCAAAGAUCCUCAGAGAAAUGACGUUUUAUGCAUCAAUGAUGCAAUUGCACGAGGUUUUCUCGAUCCUCAAGGCAAUAACCAUAUUUUACUGCCAAUCGCAAGAAGUCUUUCUAUUCGAGAGUUGCGCGAUCAAGGUCUCAUUAGCAAAACUACAAAUCGCAUUUGGCAUCCCGAAAGCGGAUCUGAACUCACGAUCCGUGAAGCUAUCAUUUGUGACAUUGUAGAUCCCCUAUCGCAUGUUCUUGAGCCCGCACAUGGGCAACAUAUCACUCUCGAGAAAGCCAUUGAGAAAAAGAUCUUAGAUGAAGAGUUUUGCACUGUCAAAACCAAAAAAGAUACGGUUCCCUUGUUGAAAGGCGUUGAAAUGAAGAUCUUUGAUACGCCAAGUCAUCGUAAUACCUUUGACGAUAUUCCUCCAGCUGCUUUAACGUUCCCUGUAGCGUUAAAACUUGGCUUUAUCGAUACCUAUAAGAAGGAAUUCAUUCAUCCUGUUUCGCAUGAACGUAUGAAUAUUCUCAAAGCAAUUGAGAAAAAUUACAUUUUGUGUCUCCCGUAUCCGCAGCAUCCUCAUCAAGUUCAUAUUGAGGAAGCUUUGAGCAAAAAUUUGAUCGAUUCACAAAAAUUGACAUUCUAUAAUCCAAAAUCGAAAGAGACACAAUCUAUUUUUGAUGCUGUCAAUUCUGGCGCAUUGAUCGUUAAAGAGUUCCCUAAUUAUUUGACGCAACAAUCUUCGGAUACAGAUGUUGCUAAUAUCACUGAAACUUUGACUUCAGUUCAUACAAUUACAACAAGAACUAUUGAACUAAUCUAUGGUUAUACCAUGAUUUCAGCUGAUCGUGUUCAAAACAUGAAAACAGGAGAAAUUUAUACUUUGGAACAAGCUCGAGCUCAAGGAAUCGUCAAAGACGAAGCUGAUGCUCAAAACAGUCUUGCCACGAAAGAAAUUAAACUCAACUUCCAAGAUGCCGUGAAAUUUGGUAUUGUUGACAUUUCCACGGGAUUGUUUACACAUCCAAAUUCAGGCGUCGUAAUGACAAUUACGCAAGCAGUAAGUGAUGGAUUUUUGGAAACUGAAUCUAUUUCUUCGGGCGACUCGUUGAAACGACACAAUAUGACUCUUGAAGAAGCUUACGAUACAAUUUACGAUAUCGAACAUCGACGUUUCCGCGAUCCUCGUAAUUUGAAUAGAUAUUUAACUCUUUGGCAAUGCAUUGAAGAAAAUAUUAUAGAUGGAAAUUCGAUCAUUUUUGAAGUUCAAUCGGGAAAACCUUUCACUUUACGCGAUGCUAUCGAAAGAGGUCUUGUUGAUCGCGAAACGGGUGAAUUCAAACAAAAUGUGGGACAAGAUAUUAACGUUAAAGAAGCAACCAAAAAGGGAUUAGUUGCCGUUGUUGGAGCCCCAGUUUGGGCAGGUUUGACAUUCGCUGAUGUCGUGAAAAAUAACUUCAAAAUCCCUCCGCAUUACAAAGUUAGUCAAAAGCCGCGUGAAAAGCAAGUUACUAUUGAAAAAGUUAUUACGCGUGAAAGUCGUUCGCCGCAAGAACCCGCGCAAUUUGUUAUGACCGAUAAAACAAAACCCACGGAAAAACGUAAGAAAGAUAGAAAAUCUCCUUCGAGAGAUACGCCUGAUUCCGCGAAAAAGUCUAAACUCGAGAAAUUUACGGAAAAAUUGCAACGUCGUUCAGACAGUCCCAAAUCUCCGUCGCCUGCGAAACGUAACAAGGCAUUAAUUGAAGUUGAAAAACCCGUGAAUGCUUCUCCCGGCGCAUGGGGUGCUUGGGGAAUGGAUACAUCGAAAGGUGCUAUUCCUAAAACUCAUAAAACUGAAGAAAAGCAUAAAGAUAAGAAACCCAAACGCGAAGAUAGUCAUGAAAAAGUAAAAGAUGUUGUCGAUUCUAAACCAGUUGAAACUCACAAAACACAAGAUCCUAAAGACAAAAAGUCUCCAAUUACUGUUGAAGCUCCAAAAGUUCAUGAAGCUAAAGACAAAAAAUCCCCCGAAACAGUUGACACUAAAGUUACGGUUCGCGUUGAAACAAAAACUGAAGAAUUUAAGAUUCCUCAACCAAAGGAACGAAAAGUUUCUCCCGAUACUCAACGUCCCUCCGAACUUUCAGUUGAAACAUUUGCUGAUGUAGUUGCAGGUCGUAGAACGCCUACGCCAACUCACGGAACUAAAUUCCAAUCAACACAUGAGUUUAAUGUUGAAACUACGAAAGUAACUGCACGAGCAGGCGGAUGGGGUGCUUGGGGAAUUGAUAGUCCAAGUGACAAAAAGAAGAAAGAUGAUACUCUCAAAUCCCCCAAACCUGUUAAACAAAAGAAAGGUAGUAAGAAAGAUCUUUCUUCUGAUACUGAUAAGUCAGAUUUUGACAAACACUCUCCUUCUCCAGAUGAUCAUUCGAAAGAACCUAAAAAAUCUUAUAAUCUUAAACGUGGCUUCCUUUCAAUUAUUGGAGCAAUUCGAACAUUCUUUGAUCCUAAAACGGGUCGUGAAAUGCCUUUGGAUCAAGCUAUCAAAGAAGGCUUGGUUAGUCAAGACGAGUUGAAUAAUCUUUCCAUUGAAAAACCCAAGAAAAAACGUACUUUUAGUUUCACAAAAACAACUACAAUUGAAGUUGAGACAAAUGGCAGCUCUGUACCUGUGUCUGAUAAACCAUCAAAAGAUGGCAAAAAGAAUGACACUGCACAACCUCUAUCACCUGUUGAUACAGACAAAAGUGCAAAGAAAAAGGAUAAGAAACGUGACAAAAAGGGCUCUCGCGACAAUCUUGACGAGACUCCAAUUGUAACUGACAACAAAGCACGUGACUUAACAACUGACUUCCUUGAACAAGAACGCAAUAAUGUUGACAAAAUUGCCGUUUUCCGUACAAUGUCUCCGGAAAGCAUUGCAAAAACUCAUAAUUUGAUUGAAGAAACGACCGUUGUUGAAGAAACUAUUGCUGACGGACCUAAGAGAGGAACAAUUACCGUUGUUACGAGACUCACAAAAGACGAUGCUUCCGAAGCAGAUCAAAGUCCAUUGCAAUCCAAGAAAUUGGGCGGUGCAAUUCGUUGGUCUGAUGAGGAAACAGCUGCAAGUGACUUGGAAAAGGAAAAGUCUCCCGAUAGUGAUAGAAAAGUUUUGAGUAAAGAACUUGUUCAACAUGAAGUUGUUGAGCAUGUUCAAAGUGAUGUGAGUGUUGUCCAUAUUAUACCUAUUGAUAAUGAAAAAGGCGGAAGUUCAGUUACACACAUUGUACCUGAAACAAAGCCUGAACCUGAAACACAAAAGAAAUCUAAACUUUUUGGUACAAUUAAAUUAGGUUUUAUAACCAUUGUAAAUUCUGUUAAACAUUGGGUAAAUCCUCAAACGGGAAAACCCAUACCUUUAGAACAAGCUUAUCGCGAAGGUCUCAUAACUGAAGAAGAGUAUAAUAAAUUUUUGUCUGAUCCUGUUCCCCACGAUACUGUUACGAUUGUAGAGACUGAGACUAAAUCUCUUCGAGAUUCACGAUCAAGAUCUAAAUCGCCCAUUUCUAAAAUAGGAGAAAGUUCAAAGAAUAAACAAACAGCUACAAUUGAAAUAAUUAAGAAAGAAAUUACAUUAGAUAAAGAUGUUGAUGCAACAACUCCCGUUGUUACAGAUACAAGAACUAUAACUCAUAUUGAACCUCAAGAUUUGGUUGAUGAAAAGAACAAAUUAAAAGACAAAACUUCAGAAUUUUUGGAAAGUCAAUUGACAUUCAGACCUGAAAGAACUACUGUAUCUUCAGAAAAAGAAUCUUCACCAGAUUCUUCUGAAGCAUCUGCAUUGAAAGACAAGAAACCUAAAAAAGAUAAGAAACAAAAAGAUGUUAAGGAAAAGGAAGUUAAAGAAAAAGAAGUUAAGGAAAAGAAACCUAAAGAUGACACUCCUUCUAAAACUUCAAAAUUCUUCGGCGGUAUCAAAACAGGACUAAUGGCAGUUGUUGGAGCUCCUGUAGUUUUAUACAACUCCAUUCGUCAUUGGAUUGAUCCAAAAACAGGAAAGGCAAUCCCUCUUGAUCAGGCUCUUGCUGAGGGACACAUCUCUCAAGAAGAGUAUGAUAAAUUGAUGAAAGAACCAAUUCCUGAAGAAACCGUUGAAGUUACUGAAACUACUGUCUCAUCGCCUGUUGUAACUAAAACUAAAACAAUUGUUGUCGAAACAAUUGAAGUUCAACAAAAGGUCGAUGACAAACCUGAAAUUAAAGACAAGACAUUAGAAUUCUUAGAAAGUCAAUCUACAUUUAGACCUGAACGAACAACAGCAUCUCCUGAAAAAGAAGUUUCUCCUGAAACAUCUGAAGCUGUAAAAUCUAAAGAUAAAAAAUCAAAGAAAGAAAAGAAACCUAAAGAACCUAAAGAAGUUAAAGAAAAAGAACCUAAAGAUGACACUCCUUCUAAAGCUUCGAAAUUCUUCGGCGGAAUCAAAACAGGACUUAUGGCAGUUGUUGGAGCUCCCGUAGUUUUAUACAACUCCAUUCGUCAUUGGAUUGAUCCGAAAACAGGAAAGGCAAUUCCUCUUGAUCAAGCUCUUGCUGAGGGACAUAUCUCUCAAGAAGAGUAUGAUAAAUUGAUGAAAGAACCAAUUCCUGAAGAAACCGUUGAAGUUACUGAAACUACUGUCUCACCGCCUGUUGUAACUAAAACUGAAACAAUUUUUGUCGAAACAAUUGAAGUUCAACAAAAGGUCGAUGACAAACCUGAAAUUAAAGACAAGACAUUAGAAUUCUUAGAAAGUCAAUCUACAUUUAGACCUGAACGAACAACAGCAUCUCCUGAAAAAGAUGUUUCUCCUGAAACAUCUGAAGCUGUAAAACCGAAAGACAAAAAAUCCAAAAAAGAAAAGAAACCAAAAGAAGUCAAAGAAAAAGAACCUAAAGAUGACACUCCUUCUAAAGCUUCGAAAUUCUUCGGCGGAAUCAAAACAGGACUUAUGGCAGUUGUUGGAGCUCCCGUAGUUGUAUACAACUCCAUUCGUCAUUGGAUUGAUCCGAAAACAGGAAAGGCAAUUCCUCUUGAUCAGGCUCUUGCUGAGGGACACAUCUCUCAAGAAGAGUAUGAUAAAUUGAUGAAAGAACCAAUUCCUGAAGAAACCGUUGAAGUUACUGAAACUACUGUCUCAUCGCCUGUUGUAACUAAAACUGAAACAAUUGUUGUCGAAACAAUUGAAGUUCAACAAAAGGUCGAUGACAAACCUGAAAUUAAAGACAAGACAUUAGAAUUCUUAGAAAGUCAAUCUACAUUUAGACCUGAAAGAACAACAGCAUCUCCUGAAAAAGAUGUUUCUCCUGAAACAUCUGAAGCUGUAAAAUCUAAAGAUAAAAAAUCAAAGAAAGAAAAGAAACCUAAAGAAGUUAAAGAAAAAGCCCCUAAAGAAGUCAAAGAAAAAGAACCUAAAGAUGACACUCCUUCUAAAGCUUCGAAAUUCUUCGGCGGAAUCAAAACAGGACUUAUGGCAGUUGUUGGAGCUCCCGUAGUUUUAUACAACUCCAUUCGUCAUUGGAUUGAUCCGAAAACAGGAAAGGCAAUUCCUCUUGAUCAAGCUCUUGCUGAGGGACAUAUCUCUCAAGAAGAGUAUGAUAAAUUGAUGAAAGAACCAAUUCCUGAAGAAUCCGUUGAAGUUACUGAAACUACUGUCUCAUCGCCUGUUGUAACUAAAACUGAAACAAUUGUUGUCGAAACAAUUGAAGUUCAGCAAAAGGUCGAUGACAAACCUGAAAUUAAAGACAAGACAUUAGAAUUCUUAGAAAGUCAAUCUACAUAUAGACCUGAAAGAACAACAGCAUCUCCUGAAAAAGAAGUUUCUCCUGAAACAUCUGAAGCUGUAAAACCGAAAGACAAAAAAUCCAAGAAAGAAAAGAAACCUAAAGAAGUUAAAGAAAAAGAACCUAAAGAUGACACUCCUUCUAAAGCUUCGAAAUUCUUCGGCGGAAUCAAAACAGGAUUUAUGGCAGUUGUUGGAGCUCCCGUAGUUUUAUACAACUCCAUUCGUCAUUGGAUUGAUCCGAAAACAGGAAAGGCAAUUCCUCUUGAUCAGGCUCUUGCUGAGGGACAUAUCACUCAAGAAGAGUAUGAUAAAUUGAUGAAAGAACCAAUUCCUGAAGAAACCGUUGAAGUCACCGAAACUACUGUCUCAUCGCCUGUUGUAACUAAAACUGAAACAAUUGUUGUCGAAACAAUUGAAGUUCAACAAAAGGUCGAUGACAAACCUGAAAUCAAAGACAAGACAUUAGAAUUCUUAGAAAGUCAAUCUACAUAUAGACCUGAAAGAACAACAGCAUCUCCUGAAAAAGAUGUUUCUCCUGAAACAUCUGAAGCUGUUAAAUCUAAAGAUAAAAAAUCAAAGAAAGAAAAGAAACCUAAAGAAGUUAAAGAAAAAGCCCCUAAAGAAGUCAAAGAAAAAGAACCUAAAGAUGACACUCCUUCUAAAGCUUCGAAAUUCUUCGGCGGAAUCAAAACAGGACUUAUGGCAGUUGUUGGAGCUCCCGUAGUUUUAUACAACUCCAUUCGUCAUUGGAUUGAUCCAAAAACAGGAAAGGCAAUUCCUCUUGAUCAGGCUCUUGCUGAGGGACAUAUCACUCAAGAAGAGUAUGAUAAAUUGAUGAAAGAACCAAUUCCUGAAGAAACCGUUGAAGUUACUGAAACUACUGUCUCAUCGCCUGUUGUAACUAAAACUGAAACAAUUGUUGUCGAAACAAUUGAAGUUCAGCAAAAGGUCGAUGACAAACCUGAAAUUAAAGACAAGACAUUAGAAUUCUUAGAAAGUCAAUCUACAUUUAGACCUGAACGAACAACAGCAUCUCCUGAAAAAGAAGUUUCUCCUGAAACAUCUGAAGCUGUAAAACCGAAAGACAAAAAAUCCAAGAAAGAAAAGAAACCUAAAGAACCUAAAGAAGUUAAAGAAAAAGAACCUAAAGAUGACACUCCUUCUAAAGCUUCGAAAUUCUUCGGCGGAAUCAAAACAGGACUUAUGGCAGUUGUUGGAGCUCCCGUAGUUUUAUACAACUCCAUUCGUCAUUGGAUUGAUCCGAAAACAGGAAAGGCAAUUCCUCUUGAUCAGGCUCUUGCUGAGGGACAUAUCACUCAAGAAGAGUAUGAUAAAUUGAUGAAAGAACCAAUUCCUGAAGAAACCGUUGAAGUCACCGAAACUACUGUCUCAUCGCCUGUUGUAACUAAAACUGAAACAAUUGUUGUCGAAACAAUUGAAGUUCAACAAAAGGUCGAUGACAAACCUGAAAUUAAAGACAAGACAUUAGAAUUCUUAGAAAGUCAAUCUACAUUUAGACCUGAACGAACAACAGCAUCUCCUGAAAAAGAAGUUUCUCCUGAAACAUCUGAAGCUGUAAAACCGAAAGACAAAAAAUCCAAGAAAGAAAAGAAACCUAAAGAACCUAAAGAAGUUAAAGAAAAAGAACCUAAAGAUGACACUCCUUCUAAAGCUUCGAAAUUCUUCGGCGGAAUCAAAACAGGACUUAUGGCAGUUGUUGGAGCUCCCGUAGUUUUAUACAACUCCAUUCGUCAUUGGAUUGAUCCGAAAACAGGAAAGGCAAUUCCUCUUGAUCAGGCUCUUGCUGAGGGACACAUCUCUCAAGAAGAGUAUGAUAAAUUGAUGAAAGAACCAAUUCCUAAAGAAUCCGUUGAAGUUACUGAAACUACUGUCUCAUCGCCUGUUGUAACUAAAACUGAAACAAUUGUUGUCGAAACAAUUGAAGUUCAGCAAAAGGUCGAUGACAAACCUGAAAUCAAAGACAAGACAUUAGAAUUCUUAGAAAGUCAAUCUACAUAUAGACCUGAAAGAACAACAGCAUCUCCUGAAAAAGAAGUUUCUCCUGAAACAUCUGAGGCUGUAAAAUCUAAAGAUAAAAAAUCAAAGAAAGAAAAGAAACCUAAAGAAGUUAAAGAAAAAGCCCCUAAAGAAGUCAAAGAAAAAGAACCUAAAGAUGACACUCCUUCUAAAGCUUCGAAAUUCUUCGGCGGAAUCAAAACAGGACUUAUGGCAGUUGUUGGAGCUCCCGUAGUUUUAUACAACUCCAUUCGUCAUUGGAUUGAUCCGAAAACAGGAAAGGCAAUUCCUCUUGAUCAGGCUCUUGCUGAGGGACAUAUCUCUCAAGAAGAGUAUGAUAAAUUGAUGAAAGAACCAAUUCCUGAAGAAUCCGUUGAAGUUACUGAAACUACUGUCUCAUCGCCUGUUGUAACUAAAACUGAAACAAUUGUUGUCGAAACAAUUGAAGUUCAGCAAAAGGUCGAUGACAAACCUGAAAUCAAAGACAAGACAUUAGAAUUCUUAGAAAGUCAAUCUACAUAUAGACCUGAACGAACAACAGCAUCUCCUGAAAAAGAAGUUUCUCCUGAAACAUCUGAAGCUGUAAAACCGAAAGACAAAAAAUCCAAGAAAGAAAAGAAACCUAAAGAACCUAAAGAAGUUAAAGAAAAAGAACCUAAAGAUGACACUCCUUCUAAAGCUUCGAAAUUCUUCGGCGGAAUCAAAACAGGACUUAUGGCAGUUGUUGGAGCUCCCGUAGUUUUAUACAACUCCAUUCGUCAUUGGAUUGAUCCGAAAACAGGAAAGGCAAUUCCUCUUGAUCAGGCUCUUGCUGAGGGACACAUCUCUCAAGAAGAGUAUGAUAAAUUGAUGAAAGAACCAAUUCCUGAAGAAUCCGUUGAAGUUACUGAAACUACUGUCUCAUCGCCUGUUGUAACUAAAACUGAAACAAUUGUUGUCGAAACAAUUGAAGUUCAGCAAAAGGUCGAUGACAAACCUGAAAUCAAAGACAAGACAUUAGAAUUCUUAGAAAGUCAAUCUACAUAUAGACCUGAAAGAACAACAGCAUCUCCUGAAAAAGAAGUUUCUCCUGAAACAUCUGAGGCUGUAAAAUCUAAAGAUAAAAAAUCAAAGAAAGAAAAGAAACCUAAAGAACCUAAAGAAGUUAAAGAAAAAGAACCUAAAGAUGACACUCCUUCUAAAGCUUCAAAAUUCUUCGGCGGAAUCAAAACAGGACUUAUGGCAGUUGUUGGAGCUCCCGUAGUUUUAUACAACUCCAUUCGUCAUUGGAUUGAUCCGAAAACAGGAAAGGCAAUUCCUCUUGAUCAGGCUCUUGCUGAGGGACAUAUCACUCAAGAAGAGUAUGAUAAAUUGAUGAAAGAACCAAUUCCUGAAGAAACCGUUGAAGUUACUGAAACUACUGUCUCAUCGCCUGUUGUAACUAAAACUGAAACAAUUGUUGUCGAAACAAUUGAAGUUCAACAAAAGGUCGAUGACAAACCUGAAAUUAAAGACAAGACAUUAGAAUUCUUAGAAAGUCAAUCUACAUAUAGACCUGAAAGAACAACAGCAUCUCCUGAAAAAGAAGUUUCUCCUGAAACAUCUGAGGCUGUAAAAUCUAAAGAUAAAAAAUCAAAGAAAGAAAAGAAACCUAAAGAAGUUAAAGAAAAAGCCCCUAAAGAAGUCAAAGAAAAAGAACCUAAAGAUGACACUCCUUCUAAAGCUUCGAAAUUCUUCGGCGGAAUCAAAACAGGACUUAUGGCAGUUGUUGGAGCUCCCGUAGUUUUAUACAACUCCAUUCGUCAUUGGAUUGAUCCGAAAACAGGAAAGGCAAUUCCUCUUGAUCAGGCUCUUGCUGAGGGACAUAUCACUCAAGAAGAGUAUGAUAAAUUGAUGAAAGAACCAAUUCCUGAAGAAACCGUUGAAGUUACUGAAACUACUGUCUCAUCGCCUGUUGUAACUAAAACUGAAACAAUUGUUGUCGAAACAAUUGAAGUUCAACAAAAGGUCGAUGACAAACCUGAAAUUAAAGACAAGACAUUAGAAUUCUUAGAAAGUCAAUCUACAUUUAGACCUGAACGAACAACAGCAUCUCCUGAAAAAGAAGUUUCUCCUGAAACAUCUGAAGCUGUAAAACCGAAAGACAAAAAAUCCAAGAAAGAAAAGAAACCUAAAGAACCUAAAGAAGUUAAAGAAAAAGAACCUAAAGAUGACACUCCUUCUAAAGCUUCAAAAUUCUUCGGCGGAAUCAAAACAGGACUUAUGGCAGUUGUUGGAGCUCCCGUAGUUUUAUACAACUCCAUUCGUCAUUGGAUUGAUCCGAAAACAGGAAAGGCAAUUCCUCUUGAUCAGGCUCUUGCUGAGGGACAUAUCACUCAAGAAGAGUAUGAUAAAUUGAUGAAAGAACCAAUUCCUGAAGAAACCGUUGAAGUCACCGAAACUACUGUCUCAUCGCCUGUUGUAACUAAAACUGAAACAAUUGUUGUCGAAACAAUUGAAGUUCAACAAAAGGUCGAUGACAAACCUGAAAUUAAAGACAAGACAUUAGAAUUCUUAGAAAGUCAAUCUACAUUUAGACCUGAAAGAACAACAGCAUCUCCUGAAAAAGAAGUUUCUCCUGAAACAUCUGAAGCUGUAAAAUCUAAAGAUAAAAAAUCAAAGAAAGAAAAGAAACCUAAAGAAGUUAAAGAAAAAGCCCCUAAAGAAGUCAAAGAAAAAGAACCUAAAGAUGACACUCCUUCUAAAGCUUCGAAAUUCUUCGGCGGAAUCAAAACAGGACUUAUGGCAGUUGUUGGAGCUCCCGUAGUUUUAUACAACUCCAUUCGUCAUUGGAUUGAUCCGAAAACAGGAAAGGCAAUUCCUCUUGAUCAAGCUCUUGCUGAGGGACAUAUCUCUCAAGAAGAGUAUGAUAAAUUGAUGAAAGAACCAAUUCCUGAAGAAACCGUUGAAGUUACUGAAACUACUGUCUCAUCGCCUGUUGUAACUAAAACUGAAACAAUUGUUGUCGAAACAAUUGAAGUUCAACAAAAGGUCGAUGACAAACCUGAAAUUAAAGACAAGACAUUAGAAUUCUUAGAAAGUCAAUCUACAUUUAGACCUGAACGAACAACAGCAUCUCCUGAAAAAGAAGUUUCUCCUGAAACAUCUGAAGCUGUAAAACCGAAAGACAAAAAAUCCAAGAAAGAAAAGAAACCUAAAGAACCUAAAGAAGUUAAAGAAAAAGAACCUAAAGAUGACACUCCUUCUAAAGCUUCGAAAUUCUUCGGCGGAAUCAAAACAGGACUUAUGGCAGUUGUUGGAGCUCCCGUAGUUUUAUACAACUCCAUUCGUCAUUGGAUUGAUCCGAAAACAGGAAAGGCAAUUCCUCUUGAUCAAGCUCUUGCUGAGGGACAUAUCUCUCAAGAAGAGUAUGAUAAAUUGAUGAAAGAACCAAUUCCUGAAGAAACCGUUGAGGUUGUAACUAAAACUGAAACAAUUGUUGUCGAAACAAUUGAAGUUCUUAUGGCAGUUGUUGACACAACAAAAGACUUAUCUACAUUUAGACCUGAACGAACAACAGCAUCUCCUGAAAAAGAAGUUUCUCCCGUAGUUUUAUACAACUCCAUUCGUCAUUGGAUUGAUCCGAAAACAGGAAAGGCAAUUCCUCUUGAUCAGGCUCUUGCUGAGGGACAUAUCACUCAAGAAGAGUAUGAUAAAUUGAUGAAAGAACCAAUUCCUGAAGAAACCGUUGAAGUCACCGAAACUACUGUCUCAUCGCCUGUUGUAACUAAAACUGAAACAAUUGUUGUCGAAACAAUUGAAGUUCAACAAAAGGUCGAUGACAAACCUGAAAUUAAAGACAAGACAUUAGAAUUCUUAGAAAGUCAAUCUACAUUUAGACCUGAAAGAACAACAGCAUCUCCUGAAAAAGAUGUUUCUCCUGAAACAUCUGAAGCUGUAAAAUCUAAAGAUAAAAAAUCAAAGAAAGAAAAGAAACCUAAAGAAGUUAAAGAAAAAGCCCCUAAAGAAGUCAAAGAAAAAGAACCUAAAGAUGACACUCCUUCUAAAGCUUCGAAAUUCUUCGGCGGAAUCAAAACAGGACUUAUGGCAGUUGUUGGAGCUCCCGUAAUUUUAUACAACUCCAUUCGUCAUUGGAUUGAUCCGAAAACAGGAAAGGCAAUUCCUCUUGAUCAAGCUCUUGCUGAGGGACAUAUCUCUCAAGAAGAGUACGAUAAAUUAAUGAAAGAGCCAAUUCCUGAAGAAAAAGGUGAAGUUCCUUCUGUUGAAGAAACCAAACCUGUUCCCGCGCCACGUACAAAAUCUUCCAAAGCAGACAAAACUAUUACUCCUCCUCAUGUUUUAGAUUUAACUCAAUCUUUAAUUGAUGGCGAAAGCCAAAGUCUUCGUUCAAGCAUUACGCCUGAACGACAAAUUGGUACUAUUCAAAUCGUUAAACAAGAAAUUAUUUACACUCCAAAUGAAGAAGAGGGCAAGCCGAUUGUACCGCCAAGUCCCCGUUCUUCUGUGGAGAGAGAAGUUCACAAAACUAUCAAAAUUGAACCUUCUGAAACGCCAGAAGAAAAAGAAAAGAAAACAAUCAUUACAGAAAUGGUUGAAACUUUUGCUCCUACCACUGACACUCAAACUUCAUUCACUUCUACCAAAACAACGACAAUUACGACUACAGUUAAAACCAUCAUUGAAGGCGAGGAAUCUUCUCAUACCAAUGAUUUCAUGUCUGCUUUCCUUGAUAACGAAGCUACAUUUAGACCAGAAAAAACAACUUAUUCUCAAGUUGAAACAAAAGAAAAAUCUCCCGACACAGAGAGCUUUGCUAAAGAAGCUUCUCCUGACACUUCCAUCUCUUUGUCAGAAGAAGAUCCAACUAAAAAAUCCAAGAAAAAGAAAGACAAGAAAGAAAAAUCCGAUGACUCUAAAGGCUCAAUGUUCAGCGGUAUGAAAAAGGGUCUUAUGAGCAUCGUUGGUAAGGGCGACAAAUCUGAAAGAUCUUCGAAAGAAACGACUCCCGUUGACGAGACUUUACAAAAAACUGACACGACAAAGACGGAAAAGGUUGACGAGCCCGUUGUUCCAAAAACUGAAGCCCCUGAAAAAUCUGAUGUUGUAGAUUCUACUAAACCCGUAGAAACUCCUGAACAUUCUUUGGAUGAAGUAACUGUAUCGAAGAAGAAAGACAGCAAGAAAAAAGAAAAGCCAGAGAAAGAAGAAAAACCCAGCAAAAAUUCCAAAUUACUCGGAACCCUAAAGAAAGGUCUCAUAGCGGCGAUUGGAGUACCAAUCGUUGCUGGAGCCUCCGCUUACGAGUCAUUAAAAUCCAUUAAAUGGAGAAAUCCCAAAACAGGUGAAGAAAUCCCCAUAGAAAAAGCCAUAGAGGAAGGUCUCAUUACCGAAGAAGAGUUAGAAAAAUUGUCGAAAGAACAUUCAGUCACAGUUACAGAUCAAAUUUUGACGGAAAGUCAAACUGACGUCACAUUUCCCGUUUCUCAAGUCAAAAUUGUAGACGAGCCACUUUCUCAAUCUUCUACUGAAAAACCUAAAGAUCCUAAUCAAGCUUUCAUUGAUUACGAACAACAUUUCCGCCCCGAAAAAUCUCAAUCUCCUUCGAAAGAACUCGUUUCAGAAAAUGUCGAAGUAGAAAGAACACAAACGACAUUAGUUACAACCAAAGUAACAAAAGUAGUUGAAGAAAUGGAUGAAAUUGAACCAAAUAAGCCAAGCACAUCAUCCAAAAUCCUGGAUGCCGCAAAAUUGGGAAUGGCAGCUGUUGUUGGCGUCCCAAUUUUAGCAGGUCAAGCUGCUUACAAAUCUGUCAAGAAAUUCAUUAAUCCCAAAACCGGUAAAGAAAUGCCUCUUGAAGAUGCCAUCAAGGAAGGUCUCAUCACGCAAGAACAAUUAGAUCUCCUUGAAAAAUUACCAGAAGAUCAAAAUCUUCAAAUUAUUACUUCUGAAGUUGUUGAAGUAAGUGAACCUGUUGUUCAAACAUUUACUGAAACUGUCACUUUACCCGAUGAUUCUCAACAAUCAUCUACAGUUACAACUACUAUCGUUACUCGUUCUUUCGAAGAUGAACCAACAUCUGAAGAGGUUACUGAAAUUCAUGAAACUACUGAAAAUCUGAUUACAAGUACAGUUGUUACAACAACUCGCGUAAUAAAAACUAUCGAAACAUCGGAAAUCACAACUGUCAUUUCCGAUCAUGAAGGUUCUCCAGAUCCUAAAGUUAUUGUAACUACUGAAGAGCAUCAUGUCAUAACCAAUGAACCUGAUGUCAUUACUCAUGAAUAUACUUCGCAACCAACUGAAACGAAAGUUACUAAAGUCAUUCGAUCAACUCAAGACUUUUUAACGUCAGAAACUGACUCAUCGCGUCAAUCACCUGAAAAGAAAGUACUUUACUUACCCGGAUCCAAAGAAGAUCAAGACUCGCAAACGCCUUCUGAACAAGUUACGGAAUUCAUUACGACUGAACAUCACGAUUUGUCGACAAUUCAAGAGCAAUCCUUCGUCGAAAGUGAGUCUGGAGAUGUAAUUCAAACUGUUCGAUUGCCUCUUGGCGACGCAAUUACCCAAAAUCGCAUCGAACCAAAAUCAUGUAAAGUUUUGGAUGGCGGUUCAGAAUUGCCAUUUACAGUUCAAGAAGGUCUCGAUACCGAAAAAUUAAUUCCUCUCGACUUGGUUGACAUAAUUACGCCACAUUUGGUCGCUCUUGUCGAUGAAACUCCUGAGUUUGUGUUGUCUUUGAACGAAGAUUUAACUCCCGAGCAACUUGCUCAAUACGGAGUUUAUGACGUCGAAACUGAAUCUUUUGUUCAUCCAAAUACGGGACAUCGCAUCUCAUUCCGCGAAUUCAUCUACGAGUUAAAUGUAUUCAAUCCAGAGCUGAUUUUCGUGAAAGAUUUAAGAAAUAAUACUUACGAACCUUUAAAUGUCGCUUUAGAAAAACCUUUGAUCGAUAAACAUACCGGACAAAUGGUUUGUAGCAAAACAGGAAAACGUAUUCCGUUCUUUGAAUGCAUCCGUAGACGAUGGAUCGUACAAAAGAUCCCCGAAACAGUGUCAACGGAACAUGUUGAGGAAGUCGCAACUCCAUUAGAUGAUGGCAAGUUUAAACAAGACACGGCUGAGGUUUCGUGCGAUGGCGAACUCAUACCCAUUGCCGAAGCUUUGCGGUCUGGCUUGAUUAAACCUGAAACGAUUUCCGUCAAAGAUCCUGCUACAAAUGAAAUUUUACCCAUGAAUGUCGCCAUUGAACGGGGAAUUGUCGAUUUGCGACGCGGUGUUGUAAUAAAUUUGACAGAUAUGUCAGAAAUGACGUUUAACGUUGCAUUUUUGCGCGGAAUUUUACUCGAAGGUAAUCGCAGACCAAUUUCUCUCGAAGCAGCAGUCAAAACGGGCUUGUACCAUUCAGAUUCGGGACGUAUUUUAGAUACAAUUUCCGAAGAAUACGUCGAUAUCCGAGAAUCAGUCGACAAAGGUAUUGUUUGUCCUCAUAUUUCGGACAUCAAAGACACGAAACGUAACACUUUAGUGCCUUUAUUAACUGCUAUCGAUACAAAAUUAAUCAAUACUGAAACCGGUAAACUUCAAGAUACGAAAACUAAGAAAGAAUUGCCGCUAGAUGUCGCUGUCAAAAAGAGUUUAGUUGCUACAAAACCUGUUACAAUGAGUGUUACUGACGUUAUUGUCAAGGAAUUGUAUCAUCCUGAAACUGGGUUGAUCCUUAACACUCAAACGGGCAAGGAAAUUCCCCUGAAAGAAGCGAUAAAAUCAAAAUAUGUCGAACUUGAGUCGACUCUCGUGUGGGAUACGCCGAAAGAUGGCCUCGUUCCCGCCAAAGAAGCUGUCAAAGAGAAAUUAAUUGAUGCUCAAACAGGUCGUUUAACAAAUCCAGACCUACCUUUAAACCAAGCCUAUCAACGUGGCUACCUCAUAAGCACUUUAAAGCCCUUAUCUCUCACUGACAUGCUUUUGAGAAAUCUUUACGAUCCAAAUACGGGUCUUCUUGACAUUGACGGCAAAAAAGUAACUCUCGAAAAGGCGAUCAAAGAUGGCGACGUGAUCGCCACAGAAUUCAUUAUUCGCGAUCCAAAGAGUGACAGCAUCAUAAAUCUCAUCGAUGCGAUCCGAAUCGGUGUCAUAAACGCCAAAGUUGGUCAAAUGAUUGAUCCGACAAACGGCACAAAAUUAACCUUAAACGAAGCUUUGGAUCGUGGCUUUAUAAUCCCCGUACGACGAAAAUGCACAUUACCUGAUGCCGUUUUUAAGGGGUUAUAUGAUCCCCGAUCAGGCAAGUUCACGAACACAGUGACGCCUGAAAAGCUUUCCACGGAAAGGGCAAUUCGACGUGGGUUGAUUGUCCCGGAUUCCACAAUUGUUAACCUCAAAGGUCAAGUUUUGCCAUUUGAAAGUGCCGUGGAAACGGGCGUUGUUGAUUCCAAACGUGGUUUAAUCAGCGAUGAGCAUGGAAAUAAAGUUGAUUUCCGUGAAGCUUUUGAUCGCGGAAUUUUAAUUGAAAUUCGAAAGCCCAUAACUUUGUCCGAAGCUCUCGCGAAAAAUAUUUACGACGAAAAAACUGGAUUAUUUAUGGAUCCAAAAACGGGUGAACGGUUAACUUUAAGUAAAGCUCUCGAAACGAAGCUUAUUGAUGGUUCAACGAUUCAAAUUCGUGAUCCAAAGACCUUGUCAUUUACCAAUCUGACAAUUCUCGAUGCCAUCAAGGGAAAAAUCAUCUGCGGUGAAAAUGCGCAGGUCAAACAUGAUAAAACCACAAUUUCACUGAAACAAGCUUUCGAUAUCGGCAUUUUGUGGGAUACGAAAGCACCCAUUAGCUUACAACGUGCCAUCCAUCAAGGCAUUUACAAUGAAAAAACGGGUCGUUUUGCUGAUCCAACCACGCAACGCAAAAUUACGCUCCAUGAGGCGAUGCGAAAAUUCUUUAUCCAUCCCCAACUGCCGUGUCACUUCAACGAAGACGACGAAACUUUGUUGAAUUUGUCGGAAACGUGUCGUCAACGUUUCAUCGACAAGCGGGAGGGAGUCUUCCAGGUCCCUGGCACGGAUAAUUUCGUGUCUCUCAGUCAAGCCAUGAACAUGGGACUCAUUGUUGACAUCGAAAAUGCCAGUUUUGGCUUGUACGAUGCUUUAGCAAUGGGCUUCUAUGAUCGCGAAACACGUAAAAUUAUUCAUCCCGUAAGCAAUCGUCAAAUGACGUUGCAAGAAGCCUUGGAUGAAGACAUUGUCAACUCGAAAUUGUCCAUCGUGAAGAAUUUAACGACGAACAAAUACGAGCAUUUGCUAGAAAGUAUCAAAUCGGGUGUGAUCGACGACUUGGAAGGCGUUUAUCACAUGGGCAAGGGACAAGUUAUUGAUUUACAAGAAGCACGAAAACGUGGUUUCAUUGUCACUCUUCGUCGUCACUUGACGAUCGAACGCAUUAUUAAACUCUAUUUAUACAGAAUUGACGUGGGACACUUUGUUGAUCCAAAUACUAAUGAGCUCUUGACGUUGCGAGAAGCAAUCGAACAUGGGCUCGUGGAUCCUGACACGACUAUUUUCAAAGAUUCCCUUACGGGAGACGACAAAACUUUACGACAAGCUAUUGAUUCGCACGAUAUUGACGUCGAAAAAGGUCUCGUGAACGAUCCGAAAAAUAAGAAUUUUGUCACUUUUGACGUCGCUUUGAGCAAAGGACUGUUAGUUACGGUCCCUAAACCGACGGAAGACGAGAAAAUGGUGAAAAACGAAAGUGUUGAGUUACUCGCGUCGCCAAAUAUGGCAAAUCCGUUGCGCGAAAUGAGCAUCCAAGAAGGUAUCAACGCGAAAAUUAUCGAUCCUGAACUCGCGUACGUCAAAGAUCCGAAUACUGGUAAAUUUAAGCAACUUAAACUCGCGAUCGCUGACGGUUUAGUUGAUCCGGAGACACGGGCUACUGUUGAUUUGCGACAAAUGUUCUUUGUGUUCGGUCCCGCCCUUGUUGUUUACAUCCGUGAGCCCAUUUCCUUUGACUGGGCCAUCGAAUCUAACCUACUCGAUCUGGAAACCGGCAAAUAUCGUGAUCCGCUGGAGGAAGGCGACAAAGUUUACACCCUCAAAGAUGCCAUCACGAUGGGUCUCAUUGAUCCGGAGAGCGUUUUGCUGAAAGAUGGCGCGAAAUGUAAGUUACUGCGACUUCCCGAAGCAUUCCGCAAGGGCUUAGUGGAUGGUGAAAAGGCAAAUGUGCUUGAUACGCAAUCCUCGAAACUCGUAACGUUGCGACAAGCAGUCGAUACGGGCUUGCUAACGACGCCAAAGCAUUCGCUCGAUUUGCAGGAAGCCAUUUCGUAUGGCAUGUAUGACCCCGAAAUGGGACGCUUUAGUGAUCCAUUCACAGCGACAACGGCGACGACGACGCCUGAAACGAAAAAAAGUUAUAAACUUACGUUAGCUGACACGAUUUCGAAGGGCAUCAUUACGCCCACAACGACACUUGUGCGUAAUAACAAAGAAAAUGGUCAAAUUAUUCCGCUACAAGCUGCAAUUACGAACGGCUUAGUUGACGCUAAUGCCGGCAAAGUUAAUUCUAUUACUGCUGCACCCGAAUCUAAACUCACGCAAAUCGACUUUGCAAAAGCUUUCGAAAAAGGCUUAUUAUUACCCGCUGAACAACGGCAAGCAGUUGUCGAGAAAUUCACCCAUUGCGAGGAAAAUCUGUCCAGUCUCCUUAAAUGGAUUGCUAGCGUUGAACAGAAAAUUGCUGCUGUUGGCGGACCGAAAGAACGUCCCGAUGAUUUACGCAAUCAAAUUAAUUCAUUGAAGCAAAUCAAAGACGACAUCGAUUCCCAAUCUCGUCCCGUUGCUUCAUGCCUCGAAACAGUACGUCAAUUGGUGCUCACGGGAGGCGAUGUCUUAUCCGCACCCGAAGUUUCUGCCUUGGAGAAUUCUGGUCGUGAAUUACGAGCACGCGUCGACAAAGCGCAAGACCGCACAAGUCGCUUGUUGAAGAAACUCAGCAACGCCCGCGAUGAACUCGACAAACUCCGUGCCGAACUCGACACGUUCACCAAUUGGUUGGGCGGCGCUCGUCGUACCCUCGAAGAAAAGGAACGUGCAUUAUCCGACUUGACACGUCUCUCAUCCCAAUCUGACUCGAUUCGUGAUUUCGUGAGCGACGUCAUCGCACAUCAAGCCGAUUUGAGAUUUAUCGCGAUGGCAGCGCAGAAAUUCGUCGACGAAAGCAAGGAUUACUUGUCGGUUCUCAACGAUUUCCGUACAACUUUGCCAAAUCGCCUGCCACACAUCGAACCUGUGCCAAGCAGCGAGAGCCCAAUUCGUCAAGAAGUGUCGCUCGUAUCGGCGCAAUAUCGUGAAUUGUUGAACAGAGCAAAUUCGUUAUCAGAUCGUCUCUCGGGACUCGGAGGAAGACAACGCGAAUAUCAAGAUGCUUUGGAAAAAGCUCGUACUUGGCUACGUGAUGUUCAACCACGUGUCACGUCAUGUUUGAACGAUCCAAUUGCCGCCGAUCCACAAACAGUUCAAGAUCAAAUGAACACCGCGAAGACGUUGCACAGCGAAUUUUUGAACAAUGGACGCUUAAUUGACAAUUGCACUCAUGCGUUAUCAACUUUGUUGAAAUCACUCGCAGGUCAAUUAAGCCCAUCGGAAAUCACAGCUUUGGAAGUUCCCGUCGAAGAGGUUAAAGAUCGUUAUGCGCAACUCAUGGAAGCACUUGCGGAUCGUUGUAAAUUACUCGAUACAGCAUUGGUUCAAUCUCAAGGCGUGCAAGAUGCCCUCGAUUCACUCGUGGGAUGGAUCAACAGCUCCGAAGAUAAAUUCAAGUUGCACCUGAAACCAGCUUCUCUCAUCAAGGAACGUCUUUUGGAGCAAGUUCGUGAACAUCGCGGCUUAUUAGCUGAUUUGGAAUCACAUCGCGUAUCUCUUGAAAGUGUGACAGCAUCAGCGCAAGAUUUGAUGGUAACAGCUUCAAAUGCGCGCCUUGCGAAGAAAAUCGAAACAAAAUUGCAAGAUGUCACAAGUCGCUUUGAAAAACUCUUGGAUAAAGCCAUCAAACGUGGCGAAUUCUUGGAUGAUGUCUUGAAACAACUCAGCAAAUUCACUGAUGAAGCAAAUAGUUUGGAACCUGAACUCAUCAACUUGCAAGAAGCAUUGGAAGGACGCGAGAUGCAAUCAUUACCCGUUGAAGCCCAAGCUCAACGAAUGCAAGAUCUUGCUCGUGUCAAAGAUCAAAUCCGUCCAUUGUACCAAGAUUGCACCAAAUUAGGCAAGGAUCUCGUAUCUUUGCGUGAUGUAACCGAUACUGGAGUCGUUCGUGACAAAGUUAAGGUCUUGGAGGAUCUUUGGAAGAGCCUUGAUGCAACUUUGGAUGAACGUGCAAAAUUAUCACGUCAACGCGCCGAACAACUUCACUCUUACGAAUCACUCCGAGAUCAAGUUACGAUGUGGUUAACGAACAUCGAACGUCGUGUCGACUCGUUAUCCCCCGUUGCCGUUGAUGUUGAUGUCAUCAAGGUUCAAAUUGAAGAAGUGAAGCCUUUGGUGAAGGAACAUCGUGAUUACGGACCAACCAUUGACAAAGUCAACGAUUUGGGUAUGCAAUAUGAUGCCCUAAUUGCUCCUGAUUCACCGCGAAAACGUUCAAUGUUCAGUCCAAUGAAACGUCCUGCGCCAUCUCCAGCUCGUCGUGCAUCGGAACGUCGUUCACCAAGCCCGCGUCGUCAAUCAUCCCAAGAUCGUGAUGUGUAUCUCACUGAUAUGAGUCCAAUUCAGCAACAACUCAGCGAAAUCAACAAUCGUUACAGCUUGGUUGGCGCCAAAUUGAACGAUCGUCAAAAUGAAUUGGAUUCACUUCGUGACGAAGUUCGCAAACAUCAAGAUAGCUUGAAGCAGCUUGCUUCAUUCUUGGAGAAAAUCGCGCGUCAAGUCCCUAAAGAUACGAUUGCGACAAAAGAUGAAGCUGAACGUUGCACUCGUCAAGCCCGAAAAGUUCUUGAAGAGAUGUACGAGAAGCAAAGUUUACUUGAUUCAACGAAAGCUCAAGUUCGUGAUUUGCUGAAACGUAAACCUGAUGUACAAGGAGCUGAUCGAUUGAGAGUUGAUUUGGAAACUGUUGCUGAUCGUUGGAAGGCUCUCAAUGAUUUGUGCAAAGAUCGCAUCAACUUCUCCGAACAGUUGCGUGAUUUCUUGGAUACGCAUGACAAUUUGAACCAAUGGUUGAGCGCCAAAGAACGAAUGCUCACCGUUUUGGGUCCAAUUUCAUCGGAUCCUCGCAUGGUUCAGAGUCAAGUUCAACAAGUUCAAGUUUUGCGCGAAGAAUUCCGCGGGCAACAACCUCAACUCAACCAUUUGCAAGGAGUUGGUGCUACAGUUUUGGAUCAUCUGAGCCCAUCAUCUCCCGAAGGACAAGAUGUCAAGAAGAAACUUGUUACAAUCCAAAAGAAAUGGGAUGAUUUGGUUGGAAAACUCGAUGAUCGCGCAAAUAGUUUGGGCGCAGCUGCUGAUUCAACGAAAGAAUUUGAUGCAAGUUUGAAUCGUUUACGUGAAGCAUUGCAAGGCAUCAGUGAUAACUUGGAUGCUUUACCAAAAGAUCGCGAUCAUGACGAAAACUUGCGCAAAAUUGAGAAUCUCGAACGUCAACUUGAAGGUCAACGCCCUCUAUUGGCGGAUAUUGAGCAUGCCGCAGCUGCUUUGUGCAAUGUUUUGGGCGAUCCCGCAUCUCGUGCUGAUGUCAAUGCUCGAGUUGCUGCAGUAGGCAAACAAUAUGCCGCAUUACAGAAGAAAUUGGAUCAACUUAAAGCUGAAACUGAAGCUGCUCUUCGCGGCGGAAGACAAUUCGCUGAACAAUGCGCCAAAACAUUGGGAUGGUUAGCUGGAGAACUUGGAAAUUUGACAGAACGAUUGCUUGUUUCUGCUCAUCGACCAACGUUACAACAUCAAAUCGACACUCAUGAACCAGUUUAUCGUGAAGUUAUGUCGCGUGAACAUGAAAUCAUCAUGUUGUUGAAUAAAGGACGUGAUUUGUCAGAAAAACCAGGACAAACAGCGGAUCGCGCAUUACAACGUGAUUUGGAUAAGAUUCAACAACAAUGGGAGAAGUUGCGUCGUGAUGCUGUCGAUCGUCAUAAUCGACUUCAAACUUGCAUGGAACAUUGCAAGAAAUAUCAUGCGACUUCAGAGGUGUUCCUUACAUGGCUCCGUACUGCCGAAGAUAAAUUGGCAAACAUUCGUCCCGGAGUUUUGAAGAAGGCACAACUUGAACAACAACUUAAAGAACUUCAAGCCAUCCGAAGUGAUGUUUGGAAGAAAUCCGGCGAAUAUGAAAACACUCGUAGUUUGGGCGAAAGCUUCUUGGCUGCUUGUGAUGUUGACAAAGAUCCCGUCAAAGGAGAACUUCAAGAUACCAAGGCACGUUGGGAACGGUUGAACAAUGAACUUCUCGCUCGUGCACAAACUUUGGACAAUUGUUCACGUCGUUUGGGCGACUUCAACGAAGAAUUACGCGAUCUCGACAAUUCUGUACGACGUUGCGAAGAUCGUUUGGGAGCUCAUGAUGCCUUGGGAGGCGCUGCUCGUGAUCCAAAACUUCUUGAUCGCGUCAAAGCCAUCCGUGAAGAUGUUGCUGCCUUGAAGAAACCUUUGAGCAACUUGCGCAAAUUGGCGGGAGAUAUUGCAGUUGAAGCUCGUGCUGCCGGCGGAGAUGCUGAUCACUUACAAAAUGAAGUAGAUGGCGUUUCAGAUCGCAUCAACGACUUACAAUCGCGUCUUGAUGAUCGUUGCGGUGAGCUUCAAUCCGCAGCAACUGCCGUUCAACAAUUCAAUGAACAAGUGAAGAACUUAAGUUUAGAUCUUGGCGAUUUGGAACGCGAAGUUGAUGCUUUGGGACCUCCAGCGCGUGAAAUCAAGGUUGUUGUCAAUCAAUUGGAUCAAAACGCUGCACUUCAAGCGAAGAUCGAAUCAACUGGAAAUCGCGUUGCCGAAAUUGAACGUUCAGGCGAACAACUCGUUGAUUCAGGAUUUGCUCCAGAUACCGCAGCAACUCGCGAUCAAGUUACUUCACUCAAACGACAAUUGGUUCGUUUGGAGAACAAGACGAAAGACAAUGAAGACAACUUGUUGAAAACUCUCAAAGCUUUGGAGAAAUUCUAUGAUGCGCAUACCGCGAUUUUGGAUGAUUUGACUGAAGUUGAGGGUGAACUGAAGAAACUUAAAGCUGUCAGUUCUGAACUUGACCAAAUCAGACAUCAACAAGAAGAUUUCCGACGCUUCCGUGCUCGUGUCAUUGAUCCCUUGGCAUCAAAUGUUGAUAAUGUCAAUAGUAUGGGACAAGAUCUGGUUCGAUCAGCUCAUUCAGGCGUCUCGACAAAUCAACUUGAACGUGAUUUGGAUCGCAUGAAUGAACGUUGGAAUGCAUUGAAGGAGAAAACGAAUGAUCGUGAACGUCGUCUUGAUGUCGGAUUAUUACAAUCCGGCAAAUUCCAAGAAGCUCUUGAUGGUUUAGCCAAAUGGUUGAACGAAAUGGAAGAAAUGGUUGCCAAUCAAAAACCUCCAAGCGCCGAUUACAAAGUUGUCAAGGCACAAUUGCAAGAACAGAAAUUCCUCACAAAGAUGUUGUUGGAUCGUCAAAAUUCAAUGUCAUCUUUGAUGAAAUUGGGACAAGAAGUUCUCGCCAAUUGUGAUCCAAAGGAAAAGGCAGGCAUUGAACGUCAACUCAAAGAUUUGAUGAAUCGUUUCGAUGCACUACGAGAUGGCGCUGAAGCUCGAACUCUUGAUUUAGAACGUGCCAUGCAAGUUGCCAAACAAUUCCAAGACAAACUUGAGCCAUUGACAAAAUGGUUGGAAGGUGCUGAACGAAAACUCAAAGCUAUGGAAAUGGUACCAACCGACGAAGAAAAGAUUCAACAACGAAUUCAAGAACAUGCCCGUCUUCAUGACGAAAUCAUCUCAAAGAAGGUUGACUUCAGUGAAUUAGCUGACAUCGCUGGGCAACUGAUGGGCUUAGUUGGCGACGACGAAGGCGUUCAAUUGGGCGAAAAAUUACAAAACGUAACAACUCGUUACACGGAUCUCGUGAAUGCCAGCGAAGACAUUGGUGCUUUGUUAAAUCAAUCGCGUCAAGGAUUGCGCCAUCUAGUGUUGACUUAUCAAGACUUGGUUGCUUGGAUGGAUCAAACGGAAGCCAAACUCGCCAAAUUCCGCGUUUUGCCUGUACAUACCGACAAAUUGUGCGAAUACAUGGAUAUCCUUGUUGAAAUCAACGAAGAUAUCGCAUCUCGUGCUCCCAACGUUGAAUCUACCGUCGAAGCAGGCAACGAACUCAUGAAACACAUUUCCUCGGACGAAGCCCUGCAACUUAAGGACAAAUUGGAUUCACUUCAACGUCGUUACGGCGAACUUGCGAAUCGCGGCGGCGAUUUAUUGAAACAAGCUCAAAAGGCAUUGCCUUUAGUUCAACAAUUCCAUGAUUCGCAUGCUCGUUUAAUCGAUUGGAUGCAAGGAGCGGAAGCUGUUUUAGCAACAGGUGAUCCUCGGGAAGAUGAUAUUCAUCGUUUGGAGAACGAAUUAUCUGUCGUUAGACCUUUACUUGAGAGCGUCAACCAAGUUGGACCUCAAUUGUGUCAAUUAUCACCGGGAGAGGGCGCUUCAACUAUCGAAGGUUUAGUAACGCGCGAUAAUCGUCGUUUCGAAGCGAUUGUUGAGCAAAUUCAACGCAAAGCAGAACGUUUGCACUUGAGUAAACAACGUUCGAAGGAAGUUACGGGAGACAUUGAUGAUCUUCUUGAAUGGUUCCGUGACAUGGAUGCUACUUUACGUGAAGCAGAACCUCCAGCGCUUGAACCUCGUGCAGUUCGUGCUCAAUUACAAGAGCAUCGCAACAUCAACGACGACGUUUCAAGUCAAAAAGGACGCGUUCGUGAUGUUACAUCUGCCGCUAAGAAGGUUAUUCGAGAAUCACAACCGAGUGAAAGUGUCACUUCGCUCCGUGAAAAACUCGAGGACCUCAAAGAAGUUGUCGAAACUGUCGUUCAAUUGUGUUCCGAUCGUCUUUCGUUGUUGGAACAAGCACUCCCCUUGGCUGAACACUUUGCCGAAUCGCAUAAUCAACUCGUAACAUGGCUUUCCGACAUGGAACAUCAAAUCUCCUUGCUGUCAAUGCCCGCUUUACGUCCCGAUCAAAUCGCCAUUCAACAAGAUAAGAACGAGCGAUUGACGCAAUCCAUCACGGAACACAAACCGCUUUUGGAUAAAUUGAAUAAAACGGGAGAAACUCUUCAACAAGUCGUCAACGAUGAUGAUCAACACAAAAUUCAAGAAAUUUUGGAUUCAGAUAAUGCUCGUUAUGCCGCCCUCAAAGCCGAAUUGCGUGAAAGACAAAAUGCUCUGGAACGCGCUUUGCAAGAAUCCAGUCAAUUUAGUGACAAAUUGGAAGGUAUGUUACGUGCUUUGGCCAAUACUUGCGAUCAAGUCAACAACGCUGAGCCAAUUUCCGCCCAUCCGCCACGCAUUGUCGAGCAAAUCGAAGACAACAAUGCCAUUAUGGAUGACAUCGAUAAACGCGGAGAUGCUUAUAACACCGUAAAACGUGCUGCUGCUGACGUCAUUAGCAAGGCGCAGAACCCCAACGAUCCCGCUGUCAAGGAUAUCAAACGAAAAUUGGAUAAACUCAACAAAUUAUGGGACGACAUCAACAAUGCAACUGGCAAACGGGCCAAAUCUCUCGAUGAAAUUCUCGAAAUUGCCAAGAAAUUCUGGAAAGAUCUUCAAGCUGUCAUGGCGGCGUUGAAAGAUUUGCAAGAUACCCUUUCGACGCAAGAACCACCGGCAGCUCAACCCGCCGAAAUUAAAAAACAACAAGUUGCAUUGCAAGAAAUUCGUCAUGAAAUCGACCAAACGAAGCCCGAGGUCGAACAAGUGCGUCGCAAUGGAAAUAGUUUGAUGGCGCUCUGCGGCGAAGCUGACAAACCCGAAGUCAAGAAGCACAUUGAGGACUUGGAUCAUGCUUGGGACGGCAUUACAGCGUUGUAUGCCAAGCGUGAGGAGAAUUUGAUCGAUGCCAUGGAAAAGGCGAUGGAAUAUCACGAAACUCUUCAAAACUUGUUGGCUUUCUUGACGAAGGCGGAAGAGCGUUUCAGCAAAUUGGGUCCCGUUGGAUCGGAUAUUGAUGCUGUCAAACGUCAAAUUGAGCAGUUGAAGCACUUCAAGGAUGACGUUGAUCCACACAUGGUGCAAGUUGAGUCCUUGAAUAGACAAGCAAUUGAACUCACCGAGAGAACAUCCAUGGAACAAGCCCAAGCUAUCCGUGAGCCAUUGAAUCAAGUUAACCGCAGAUGGGAGAAUCUCCUCCGUUCCAUGGUUGAACGUCAAAAGGCUCUCGAACAUGCCUUAUUGCAUUUGGGACAAUUCCAACAUGCCCUUAACGAACUUUUGGUCUGGAUUAGCAGAACAGAAAGCACUUUAGAUCAACUUAAACCUAUUCCGGGCGAUCCACAAUUACUCGAAGUAGAGUUGGCUAAACUCAAGGUAUUAGCAAAUGACAUUCAAGCACAUCAAAGCAGUGUCGAUACACUCAACGAUGCGGGUCGUCAAUUAAUCGAAAGUGAACGUGGUUCCGUCGAGGCUUCAACCACGCAAGAAAAACUUCAUACAUUGAACAAACAAUGGCGUGAUUUGCUCCAAAAAGCUGCCGAUCGUCAACAUGAACUCGAAGAAGCAUUGCAUGAAGCUCAAAACUUCACUGCUGAAGUUCAAGAUUUGCUUGGAUGGUUGGGUGAUGUCGAUGGAGUCAUUGGUGCAAGCAAACCUGUCGGAGGAUUGCCUGAAACUGCUUCCGAACAACUCGAACGCUUCAUGGAAGUCUACAACGAACUCGAGGAAAAUCGUCCCAAGGUUGAAACUUUGUUGCAACAAGGCAACGAGUACAUCAAACGUCAAAACUCGAUGAAUGUGUCGUCAAGUAACUUGCAACACAUCAUGCGAACAUUGAAACAACGAUGGGAAGCUGUUUUGUCGCGUGCCAGCGAUAAAAAGAUCAAACUUGAAAUCGCUUUGAAAGAAGCUACCGAGUUCCAUGAUGCGCUCCAAGCAUUCGUUGAUUGGUUGACGCAAGCGGAAAAGCAAUUGUCGGAAGCGACGCCUGUUUCUCGCGUUUUGGAGAAGAUCCAGAAGCAAAUCGACGAACACAAAGUCUUGCAAAAGGACGUUUCAAUCCAUCGCGAAGCCAUGUUACUUUUGGACAAAAAGGGAACUCACUUGAAAUACUUCAGUCAGAAGCAAGAUGUUAUUCUCAUCAAGAAUUUGCUCGUUAGCGUUCAACAUCGAUGGGAGAAAGUCGUUGCGAAGGUUGCCGAACGCACUCGUGCCUUGGAUCACGGUUACAAAGAAGCCCGCGAAUUCCACGAUGCAUGGGAACAACUCAUCUCGUGGUUGCAAGACACCGAAAAAACUUUGGAUAAUUUGGCAGAGGAAAGUGCUCACAGCAACAAUCCCGCCCAAAUUAAAAAAUAUCUCGAAAAAGUGCGCGAAACCCAAAAAUUGCUGCAACAAAAGCAAGGACAAUACGAUCUUACGAUGCGAACAGGCAAAGGACUUGCCGAUCGUGCUCCCAAAUCCGACGAAGUUAUCUUAUCCAAAAUGCUUUACGAACUCAAGGAGACAUGGACUCGUGUUUGCACCAAGAGCGUCGAACGUCAACGCAAACUCGAAGAAGCACUUUUGCUCUCAGGUCAAUUCUCGGAUGCCCUUCAUGCGUUACUCGAAUGGCUUAAGAAGGCAAAAUUGCGAUUGUCUGACGAAGGUCCGGUUCACGGGGACUUAGAUACUGUCACCGCGUUAUGCGAUCAACACAAACACAUCGAACAAGAUUUGGAGAAACGUCAUUCGCAGCUUCAGGGAGUCCUUAAAACAGGCCGCGAACUUGAAAAGAGCGACGAAUCGCGUCAAACAACACAAAACUUGCGCGAACUCCAAAAAUUAUGGGAUGAAGUUCAAAGUUUGAGUGAACGUCGCAAGGCACGUCUCGCCGAAGCACUUCGCGAAGCCGAACGUUUGCACAAAUCCGUGCACAUGUUGCUCGAAUGGCUCUCCGAAGCCGAACAAAAGCUCCGUUAUGCCCAAACCAUCCCCGAAGACGAACACAAAGCAAAAGAACUCUUGGAUUUGCAUGCCAAAUUUAUGCGAGAAUUGCGCGAAAAGGAAUACGAAAAGGACAAUACGUUGCGGCUUGCUAACAGUAUCUUAGAAAAAGCGCAUCCCGAUGCCAUUCCCAUCAUCAAGAACUGGAUUUCCAUCAUUACGACACGUUGGGAGGAAAUUAGUCAAUGGGCGUUGCAACGUGAGAACAAACUCAAGGACAAUUUGCAAGCGUUACGCGAUUUGGAUAAUACCAUUGAGGAAUUGCUCGCAUGGUUGACGGGACUCCAGAACACGUUGAUCAACUUGGAGCAAGAACGUCUACCCGACAGCAUUCCCGAAACGGAGGCGUUGAUCCAGGAUCACAAAGAGUUUAUGGAAAACACCGCGAGACGCACCGGAGAAAUCGAUCGUGCGUGCAAACCAAAAGCUCCGCCAGCAGGAACGAAGGAGGCACGCAAACCAUCGCGUUCAUUCAAGACACCAAUACGAGGAUCGCAACACGACAUUCACGAAGGCUCUCCAGAUGUCGGUUCACUGAACAGAAAACAAAGCUUCAAAGGAUCAAACGUUGGAAUCAAUGCAAGACGUACUAGUCGUAUCAGUCCAGCUCGUGAAGCACAAACACCCGACAGAGACCGUCUACCACACUAUGGUCCACGAUUCAAGGAUAGUGAUGCUGUUGAUGAGAUGCGUUCACCACGUGCCCGUGUCCUUUGGGAUAAAUGGCGCAACGUUUGGAUGUUAGCGUGGGAACGUCAACGUCGUCUCCAUGAUCACUUGUUGCAUUUGCUCGACUUGGAACGCGUUCGCAACUUCAGCUGGGACGAAUGGCGCAAACGUUUCUUGAAAUUCAUGAAUCACAAGAAGUCUCGUCUCACUGAUUUGUUCCGCAAAAUGGAUAAGGAUAACAAUGGCUUGAUACCGCGCGAAAUUUUCGUCGAUGGUAUCAUUGGAACGAAAUUCGAUACAUCUCGCUUGGAAAUGGGUUGCGUUGCUGACUUGUUCGAUCGCAAUGGAGAAGGUUUGAUCGAUUGGCAAGAAUUUAUUGCCGCUCUUCGUCCCGAUUGGCAAGAACGCAAACCCACAACGGAUGCUGACAAAAUCCAUGAUGAAGUCAAACGUCUCGUCAUGAUGUGCACGUGUCGUCAGAAGUUCCGUGUCUUCCAAGUGGGAGAAGGAAAAUAUCGCUUUGGCGAUUCACAAAAACUCCGUCUUGUCCGUAUCUUGAGAAGUACCGUUAUGGUUCGUGUUGGCGGCGGUUGGCAAGCUUUGGAUGAAUUCUUGCUCAAGAACGACCCUUGCCGAGCCAAAGGACGUACAAACAUCGAAUUACGUGAGAAAUUUAUAUUAGCUGAUGGUGUGUCGCAACAAAUGGCUGCAUUCAAGCCACGUCGCUCUGUGGAUAGAGACUCUACUACCGAAUCGCCCGGUAUUCCAACGCAAGGUCCAAUUGUAAAGGUGCGUGAACGUUCCGUACGAUCCAUUCCAAUGUCCCGAGGUAGAUCAUCACUUUCAGCAUCGACCCCUGAUUCGUUAUCCGAUAAUGAAGCUGGAGGUCGUUACACGCCAAGAAAAGUGUCAUAUACCGCACGCGGAUACACUCCAACAAGCACCUCAAAACCCGGCUCUCGCCCGGGAUCAAAACCACCAUCGCGUCACGGUUCAAACCUUUCGCUCGAUAGCACAGAUGAUGGAAGCUCGUCACGCAUUCCCACGAGACGCGUAACAUCCAGCACGCCAAUGAGACCCACAAAACUCGGCGUCACAUCUACCACAAAAUCCUCAAAUGGAGUGACUCCCGGAUCAAGAUCACGAUCUGGAGCAGCAAGUCCAGCUCCUACAAGAAACGGCGGAAUGAGUCGAGCAUCUAGCAUACCGACAUUAGUAUCUGGCUUGCCAUCAUCUAGUUCGCGAGGAGUGAUCGGAUCAAGGAUACCGAUAGCACGACGCACAUCAAAUACAUCAACUUCUUCCUCAGUUACAGGAAAGUCGCUGAGUGGUCAAUCAACGCCAUCCGGCAUGCAGACGCCAUCACGCAAGGGCUCCGUCGAACCAACGUUACAACGAACAUCCGCAUCUACAUCGCGCGGCACGACGCCCGCCAGCGAAAAACGAGCGCCAUUUAGAUUGUAAAGAAAAAAAUUUGCAAGACAACAAAAAAAUGAUAUAAUGAUAAAAAAUUAUAUACAAAACAUUAAAAGACUAACCACCAUUACAUUAAACGCUUAACAAAACAAAAAAAAAGAAGAAAAUUAAAAAACACACACGACGAAAGAAGCAGAAAGAGGCAACAGAUCGAUUAUAAUUUCUAUUUAUUAUUUAUAAGUUUGUUAAUAAUUAAUAUUUAAAAAAAACGAAACGGAGGCAGGAUAAAAAAAAAGUUGUAAGAUAUUCAAAAAAAUAAUAUUCGAAUCCAGUGAGAAAAAAAAUCGUAACUAGACAACAACAAAAAAAAAACAAUUAAAGCUAAGUACUAAAAAAAGACUUUACUAACACAAAGAGAAACCUCAUAAAAAAAAUAUUUACGGAAAAAGUAACAGAUUUACCGCAACAAUAUUACCAUUCAAAAAAAUUAGGAUUACUCAUAAUAGGGCCCUUUUUAGAACAUCUUUCGCCAGGGAUUUCUAUAAAUCGACUCUAUUUUGACAUUUCCCCCAAAAAAAAUUUCAAGAAUUUGACUCUACUUGUACAAGAGAUAAUCGCCAGUUUUUCUUGUAUAAUUCAGAAUCGAAUCGCGAAGAAAAUUGUAUAUGAGACCAUAUAUAAAGAAAAAUAUUUAUAUUUAAUUAAAAAAAAGUCAUUUAAUUUUUUUUUUUCGUUUUUUGACAGUCUAUUAGAAGAUGUAAUUAAUAAAAUAAUUAAUAAGAAAAUGUUUUAUAUUGUAAUAAUUAUAAAAAAAAUUGUUUGUAAAAAUAUUAAAGAGUUAAAAUUUUUUUUUUUGUUUUUGAUCAUGUCGUUGCUUAAAUAAA